AUGUCGUCGGGAGGGCAGCUCUUCAUCGCCCUCCUGAGGGACCACCACGUCAAGAGCCGUCUCCUCCUGCGCCUGUCCACGCCCGACGUGGCCUCGGUCCGCCAGCUCUCCUCGGCAUGCUGCAAUCUCGUCACCAAGGACCUCUUCACCCGCGUCACCGUCACCUUCACGCCGGCCACCUUCACCAAGCCCGCCCGCGUGGCGGCCCUCAACCGCAUCGGCCACCACGUCGAGCACCUGACGUUCCAGAUGGCUCACUCCAAGGCGACCUUCCUGCCGCCCCUUGUGCAUCCGCUCACCGGCCACGAGGUGUGCUUCCUGUACACGCCGCAUACAAGCCUGGGCUCCGCGCUCACCCGUCGCAAGUACGCCAACACGGAGCUGGGCGAUAUCCUGACGCAGCAGUAUCCACCGCUCUUCCACGCCGCCACGAACGUGCCCAGCUUCAUCCGGGCGUUCCACUCGCUGCCAAACAUGAGACACCUGACGGUCCGGUGUCCCGGACAGGACCCCCGGGAGAGGUACAGGAGGGACGUUGUCGACUAUGCGCUCAUCAGUCUCCGAAUCGCCGUCGAGAGAGCGCCGCUCGACAAAUUCAACAAGCUGAGCCUCUCGUCGCUGCACCCCUCGGCGUUCAACUACCUCCGGCACACGCAGGGGUUCGGCUCCGUGCCCUCGGCGGGCAAACGCUGGAGGCAGGUCAAGAAGCUCAGCAUAUCCGUGGAAUCGUGGGACUUUUACGGCCCCUGCCCGGGGCUGGACCACCUGAAAAUCAUGGACGACUACGUGCGCUUCUUUGCGCCGUCCCUCGACAAGUUCAGCUUCUCGUGGAUCGGCGCACGGGGUCCCUGCCCCGUGGCCCUGUCGUCCGAUCCGCUCUUUGCGCCGCCCAGGUCGUCCAAGAAGCUCUUCCACGAGGUCACCUCGCCCAUGUCGCCGCUGCCCGCCCGGCCCCCCCGAGUGCCCGUCCGCUUCCCGGGGCUGCGGCACCUGCAGAUUCGCAACGUCGCCAUGAACGCGCCCCAGCUGAGCGACCUGAUCCGGACGCACAGCGCCACCGUCAAGGGAUUCGACUUUGAGAACGUCAUGCUCACCAACAACGGCAACUGGGAAGAUGCGCUUGCGCCGCUUGGCAGAGACGACUGCUGGAAGAGGACCAGCACGGCGGCCACGGCCACGUCCGACCACAGCUCCGCGACGUGCGAGAGCGACGAGGAACUGCCCAGCCCGAGUCCGAGUGCGGCGGUCCAAGCAGCAAGCAGGGAGUUGUUGCAUCUCGACCUCGGUGCGUCGGGAUUCAGCGACGAGGAGCGCACCCUCAUCGAGCGCCUGUGGGAGGAGACGUCCGCUGCUGCUGCUUCCGCCGCAAGGUCCACGCAGCACGUCGGCUUCACCACCAAGUUGCGCAAGAAGAGAACCAAGCGGCGGAGAGGGGGCGGCAGCAGCAGCAGUAGCCAUGACGAGCAAGGCUCCGACGCGAGGCCGUCCCCCUCCCGCCGUCACGACAGGAAGCCGUCCAAGCCGAAGCCCAGAGAAGCGGCCCUCCCGUCAGACAAGCGCGUGUCCGUCACAACUCCCAUGCCUGGCGGACCUGUCAUCACGGCGCCCAUCCUCGCGGCGGUCCCGCACCCCGUCAUCCUCCAGCCGACCGUCUACGAUCCGGCCUGCUCCCAGGACGACGGGAUAUCCGCUGUCCAGCGCAACAUUGAACAGGAAGAGGCGCACAGGCUCCUCGCCCAAGACGCGGCGGCGAGGGUGAGCGCUCUCCAAAAGGCCAAGGCGGCAGUCCUCUCCAAGCUGAGCAAGGAGUUCUCCGUCAAGAAGAGCAGAGCGGCUGAUGCAGUAGCGGCAUGUAGGUUGAUGACGAGCAGGGAGUGGACCGGCGGCGUGUGUGCAACGGACACGGUCGUCGAGGACGCGUGCCGCGUGGAGAGCCGGAGUGCCCUGGUGCCGUUGAUGUUUCGUCGUUCGUGA